AUGGCUGACUACGCUCCCAGCUUUCGAGCACUGCAGGGUGGGGAGCGCAUUAACUGCGUUGCCUCCAUGGUAACCUAUGAUGUCUCCACUGUCAAUCACCUCAUGAGUUCAGUGGUUAGCAAGGACAUGUUUGCUUUUUCGGGCACCAUCCCCUAUGGUAAACUGACGUACACCUUGCUGAAUGUCCGGGUUGCUCGACCGAUGCCCAGGCCACUCUUGGUAGCAGAUGAGGAAUCCCGAUUGCUGCACCAUGAUGCGUGCACAUGGGAUAGUGUUCGCGAAGUGAUUGAACUUUGUGCAGGUUAUGGAGGUCUUGGUCAGGGCCUUCUCACAACUGGUUUUUCUCCCACUGUUUGCUGCGACAUGAACCCGUUGAUGAAUGAUUUGUACAAAGCCCAGAUGCAGAUUCCAGCGGUUUGCGGUGACAUUAGCAAAGUCUCAACAAUUGCAGCUUUGUGGAAUCACUGUCCUCGGUCCACAACCCUCAGCUCCGGAGUGUCUUGCCAGCCAUACUCCCAGUUGGGAGAUGGCAGAAGCGGUGAUGACCCGAGGGCACAAAGCUUGCCGGCCACCUUGGCCUGUGCUCACUAUUUGCGGUCUGUGGUGGUGAUCAUUGAGUGUGUCGAACCGGCACAGGCAGACGCAUUCGUGUGGCCCUUUAACCAUGAGAAGGAAUUGGAACUCCUGUCCCAUGAAAUUGAAGCCUUUCAGGUUGAUCAUGAAGAUGGAUGUCCUUUGUCUAGCCAACGGCUCCAGCAGCGAGGCCUAUUUGGGGUUGUGGUCAAAUCUGCCUUGGAUGGGAAGGGCGUGAGUCGACCCAGGCACAUCCACCCAAAUGAAUGUGGCAUUUUGGUUGGACAAGACCCCACAAUUGACUUUGGGGAACAUCCCUUGCUCACAUUGUCAGCAGCCGGACAGAUUGCAUCUCCGCUCCAGUCUGCAUGGAUUGGGUCACAUGUCAUUGGCCAUUUUGAAGAGUUGCAAAGAGGCAUCCGGCAGUUUGAACCACUUGACCACCUUCAAGCCUUACGAACCAUUUUGAUGGCCAAAAGUCAGGCCAUUUGGCCAUUUCCUGAUCAGCUGAGGGCGCAUGAACAUGUUCAGGACAUCCGACGAUGGGAACCAUUUGUUCUUGAUAGGUAUGAAACCAUUCUUGCAUCCGAGCAGUGGGAUUUCCUCAUGACCGAGAAGUGCCUUGCCAGUGUCCUCCGUCAGUUGAGGGAUGAACCAGGUCCUGGGCCAGCAGCAUUUCCCAAUUUUGGUCUCAUGCAAGUUGACCAUGACGGUAGAAUGGACACUGUCAGUGUCACAACUGAGGAACCAGAGCCGGAACUUUUGCCUGUGCAGCCUGAACUGCCUCGUUUUCAUGUUGUCCGUGUCCCUCAAAGUUGUGCUGCAGUGUUGUACCCGCCAGAUGUGUCUGUUGUCCAUGUCCGUAUUGGUCCCAACACCACAGUUCAGCAAUUGCUUGAAGCCGAGAGCCAAUUGCACGGUUUUGAAUGGUCUAGUGUGACAGCGUACAAGAAUGAUGGCACUCAGCGGGCGCUUAAUGAGGUCAUUGUCCCAGGUCAGAUGGCUCAGAUUUGCAUUGUCCCACAUCCGUCUGUGAGUCCGAUUGUUCCCGGUCGGUCUGUUUGUGGUGGUUUCCCUGGGGUCCUUGGCCAAGGACCUUUGCCAGCUACACCCGUCCCAGUCCCAGCCAUGUCCACUUCCGAUCAUGUCCUGAGUCUGCGUCUCCCAGGCCUGCCACCUGUCAUGCCAUCACUGCUGCCGUUUCCCCUGUCUGAGUUUGAAUUGUCGCCUGAGUUUCAUGUCCAUGCUCGUCCAGGUGGUUCCGUCGGUCAACAUGCACACAACCCUGCAGGUCCUUGUCCAGGGGAUAACUCAUGUGAUGUAACUCAUGUGAGCGAAGCGGGUAGAUCCCCUGUCACAACCUUGAAUGUUGAUGCAGACAUGCUUACACCUGCCACCACAGCUGGGGAAUGUGGGCUACUCCCCUUCAAAUUGCCCACUGCGCACAAUGAUGAUCAUGCUGAAACGCUGGAUCAGACCCUUGACACUGAGGGCCCUGUGAGCAAGACAGAGGCCGCUGCCCUGGUGCCCAGCGAUGGGGCUCCAGUUGAACACCUUGCGAUUGCAUCUGUGGUGCCUGCAGGGAACGAGUCGAGCCAUGGGGAAUAUGGGCCACUCCCCUUCAAAUUGCCCAUACCUGAAGAGUUCCAAAGCCUGAGUGACCCUUUGCAACAGCCGGUAGUGCCGGGAUGCCAUGCCAAUGAUCGAACAGGAGGCUCUGCUGACUCACCGGAGAUCAUAUCCCCAAGGAUCAAUCUUUGUCCGUUGACUGCGCUUGAUGCCGAAAGUUUGAUGCGAUUGGGGUGCUCGCACUCCACCACACAAGAUGCUGUCGCCACAUUGCUGCACCAGGUCAUCACCACUCAUGACAGGUGUACCAUUUUGCAGAACCAAGGCCCUGUUUGGGCCGAUGAUGAAGUUCGUUGGCACAUGACCAUGAUCCUUGAGUCCAUGCCACCACAGGCGAUGGGCCUUGAAACACACCAGAAUGUGCGAUUGGUCCGUAUGUUUCCCAUGAAUGAAGGCUGCGGUGCCAUGGCCAUUUCCUACAUUGCAUACAUGCUCAUGGAUAGGAUGUUGCCAGCAACGCCAGCAGAUGUUGUUGCAGUUCAUGAGGUACUCCGUCAUCGCUUUGCCCAAACUAUCCAACAGCGAGAAACAUGUGUGAAGCCAUGGCAGUGGGCCAAUGGUCGCACUAACACUGUCACUGCGCUUCUCAGUACCUUGGUAGGGCUUCCCGAGCUGCCAGUUGCUGCUGCCACCGAAUCUGCCUGUCCAGGGGUAGUUGGAUCCCACAUGCCUGUGGGUUGUUUUGAAACAUUGGCGACCCAUGAAGAUGCUGGGGAAUGUGAGCAACUCCCCUCCAAAUUGCUCACUGGCACCUGUGUGCUGCCAGAAUGGUGUCGCAACGGGGAAUGUGGGCCACUCCCCUUCAAAUUGCCCACGGUACAUGCUGAUCAUAUCUCCAGUAGGGGUCCCCUGCACGAUGUCAUCGGUACGGCAGGGGACAAACUCUUCAGUGCUGUGAUGAGCAAUCAGCCCAUUGAUGUUGCCCGUGACCAGGCCACACCCUUCUGCUCAGCCAGGUUCCCAAUGCCAGUCAUGCCCCAGGGUGUGGAUGCCGUAUCAUGCAUGCCGAAUGAAGCAGAGGGUCUUGCAAGUCACUGCCCGGUGAUGACUGACCAUACUGAGGUUCAUGCCAUGCUGCAGACGGUCAUGCCCACUCAUGUUCGUCAGGCACUUUUGCACACCCAAGGGAGUCUUUGGGCAGAUGAUGAAAUCCGUUGGCACAUGCAAUGGUUGGCCAACAUGCACCCUUCACAACGAGUGCAGGCAGAGGAAGGCCAGGUUGCUUUCAUUGACCCACUGUUGUUUCAUAGUUGGAUUGCAACCCUGGGCAGGGGCUGUGACAACUGGGUGUCGCGGCAUUGUACCACGGCAACAGUCUUGCUUACAGUGGUUUCGAUUCACAAUCAUUGGGUGCCAUUUGUCCUGAUUCCAGCUUCCAAUACUCUCCACAUCCACACAUGGGAUGCCAAGGAAGUAGAUCAUGGUAGUGUUGAGAGGGUUUUUGCAUGCAUUGCCGAAGUGCUCGGCCUGAGCACAUAUCAGAUCUCAAGACAAGAACGCCAAUUCCACAUUGAACAUGGAUGUGGUCCACUUGCGAUUGCCUUUCUUGCUCACAUGCUUGGGAAGACUGACCUGCCAGUGUCAGUUGCGGAAGUUAAUGAAUUGCAUGCCAACCUGCGCAGCCAAUUCAGCAUGGCACUUGCUCAGACCAUUGAGUGCCCCCAACCAGUGCAGUGGGCUAAUGGCCUUGCAACCCAAGCUGAGAAAGACCUUGAGCCGGUGCUUAUCCAACAUGGAGUUCCGCGUGAACAUGCUGCUAGCAGAGCUAAAGCAGCGGUCCGAUCCAUAGGAUCUGUGCGGGAAAUCCCUAGAUUCGUUUGGAAGCAACCUCAAGCCGUGGACUGGCCCCAGUUCCAGGUAGCCCCGGUGCAACCAUUUGCUCCUGGCACAGCCACUCGGGUGUAUGCAGACAUGUGGCAUGAAAUUGAGGACACUGCUUCUGCCAGCAGUGCCCGCCCAAUUCCCCAAGCAUGCCGCGGCCGCGCGCAAACCCUUGCACCCAAGCAAGUUUUGGGCCAGGCCCAUGCUCCCCUGAGAGCUCCGCGAGCUGGAGACCUUGCCCCGUCCUAUUUAGGAAUGUCCUUGCAGCAUGCUCAUUGGUAUCGUCAAGCCCGUAGGUUGCAGUCCUAUGUGCGUUUUGCCCGCACACGCAGGGACCAAGCUGAUCCAUGCCAUGCAGCUAAUGUUUGGGGUGCAAUUCGUCGAGCCAAGGGUUUUGAGCCAGAUUUUGCCGCCUGGUGGUGCACCACAGAAUUUGCAGUCCAUGGGGCUCCCAGUGAAUGCCCUGCCACGCCUCCAGCAGCUGACACUGCCGAAGCCAUUUAUGCCUCUUUUGUGCUUGCCUUUCGAGCCUUGGAGAAACGACUGCAUACCACCUGUAGAGCAACUGCCAAAGCCAAGCGCCUUGCAUCUCCUCAGCUAAUUUUCCAGGACAUCCGUGGGGUGGGUGUUGAUAGUGUUGAUUUGUUGAUGCAACCGGCCCAAAGCAAAAUUUGUCAAGUUGACGAAGACACCUUGUGCCUCCAUUUGGAUGCAACGUGCAACUGGGAUACCACCAAACCGGUUUUUGUGAAUGGCCAGUCAUUCAACAUCCUUCAUCAUGAAGAGACUUGGCUUUGGGUUGAUCGCCUUGUGCCCAAUCUUGUAGGGUCGGUUUGCACGCAGGUGCGACUGCUUGGUGCCCUAGAAGAGCUUUUUGAUGAGUUUCGCCAAUCUUGGUCGACACGUUGGCAGCGUCAUGCACACGUUCCCCUGAGCCAAUGGCAGGCCGAUGUUCAUGGCACCCGCCGGUGGCUGGCCAGCCUACAUAGGGAAGAUGCAGGUAUUUGUCGGAAGCUGCUCAAUGGCGCCCACUUCACCCGUGAAGCGCAACAACAUUGGGAGGAGACUCAUGAUGGAGUUUGCCAGUUUUGUCAGUGUUCUGACUCCAGGUACCACAGGUUUUGGCAAUGUGAGGCGUUUGCUCACCUGCGCGCAGGGAUGGAUUCACAUGUGUGGGCGAUGGUCCCAUAUUUGCCUGAGUUUUUGACUUGCUAUGGAUGGGGAGUACGCCCUGCCAAUUGGACCCAGUACCACCAAACACUGCUGGCCAUUGAGGAGACACCGACUGACAUCACAACCGUCCAACCAACUGCUUGUGAUGAGUGGCUUGACCUUUUCACUGAUGGUUCGUGUCACUAUCCUACCCAGUCAUGGCGCCUCGCCAGUUGGGCGGUAAUCAGUGCUCCAGUUCAACCAGACGAUAGUGGAUGCAAGUCCCAGGUCCUUGCUGCAAGCCCGCUCCCAGGCCUUCAGCAGACUGCAUUCCGGGCUGAGAUCCGGGCGGUUUUAGAAGCGAUUCGUAUUGCCAAGCAGAGCCACCGCAGAGUCCGCAUCUGGUGUGACUGCCAAGGGGUUGUUUCCAGGGUUCGUGCUCUUUUGCAAAAGCAGUGGAAGCCUCCACCCAAUGGGAGGCACUCUGAUUUGUGGCACUCCAUCCGUGCCGCCUUGGAGGAAGUCGGAAGGCACCGGGUGCUUAUCACCAAGGUUGCUGCCCAUCAGGACUAUGACAUUUGUACCUCAGCACUUGAAUCUUGGUGUUUUUUGCAUAAUGGAUUGGUUGAUCAUGCUGCGCGGGUCGCCCAUAUGUUGCGACCUCAUUCUUUUUGGGAUAUUCACCAGAAACUUGUCCAGAACCAGAUCUUUGCAGCACACAUCAAUGCCCAGGUGCGAACAGUGCAGCUUGCGAUUAGCCGAGCAGUGGUGUAUCACCAGCAAGCAACUGAGGAUGUUGGUGAAGGCAUGGAAGAGCCUCCAUCAGCUCCCCAUAACCCAUGUUCCAUGCGGCCCGUCUGGACGGCCCCACCGGAAGUGACAUGGGUUUCAGGUGAGCUUUGCAGUAAGUACGGUGAGCGUUUGGUGAAGCAAGUCACACGAUGGUUUUUGCAAGGAGUUCGCUCCGCUACCACAUCAGCGGAAUGGACAUCGUUUUACCAACUGUAUGCAGAUUAUCAACUUUGCACAGGGGAAGGAGGCCCAUUGCGCUUGGAUCGAUGGGUGGACCCACAGACUCGGCCAGCAGCCAGUGGCAACGUCCUACCUUGA